AUGGUAAAUCUGACCAUAAAGUAUAAAGUCAAGCUUGGUAACAGAGCAUUUACAAUUGUCAUCAGAUCACUUGUAAAGGGCAGUCUUGAUGUCGAAUAUGACGUCAUCACAGGCAAAGAAGACGCUCCGAAAGUUGCCGAGGCCAAUAAUGAGAUAGCAACAGAUAAAGUUGGCAUUACCAUAUUUAAUGAAACUACACUACCAGAGGAGAUGAUAGUGAACGAGCAAAAAGUUCCGGUGAAUGUUCCAAGUACAGAUGCUGUAAAAUGUCAGAUAUACGAGGCUACAACAGGGAAAUGUACUGGGGAUUAUAUCUGUGACGUCAGAGAUGGAAGUCCAGGCUGUGUACGGAAGGAUGAUGACGAUAACCUAGGUUUAAUCCUCGGUCUAGGUAUAGGAGUACCAGCAUUACUUGUUGCCCUGGCUGUAAUAGUGCUCUGUGUAGUCUACUAUAACAACAAAAAUAAACUUCUACGCCGCAAAUACAGGGGUGACGACUAUGACGAAAGAAGUAAUGAGAUGUACGACCGGAAGUUGCCUGUUCGAGCCAAUACUGGCCCCCCGACCUGGCCGUUCAUAGCGUCCCCGGAAUACGCAGAAUAUGGUCCUUACUCUGAUUAUUCUAGAGAUGGUGGACAACGUUAUUUACCAUCUGAAGAUUUCCAUGGACAAUAUGAUAACCAAGGUGCUCACGACCGUGAUAGUAACAAUUAUACCUGGGACUAUUUGUUCUCUCACCUGCGCCCUGGUGAACAGUACCAAAUAAGAAGACCAAAAGUUGAUUACAAGUGAUGGAACUAACAUAAUUGUGAACAAAAUGAAAAUCAAAGAAAAACGACAAUAUUGUUUGGUGCACAAUCAAAUUUUAUCUGAUCUGAAAGUAUUGUUUUAAUUUGAUCUGAAAGUAUUGUUUUAAUUUGAUCUGAAAGUAUUGUUUUAACUAGAUCUAAAAGUAUUGUUUUAACUAGAUCUGAAAGUAUUGUUUUAACUAGAUCUAAAAGUAUUGUUUUAACUUGAUCUGAAAAUAUUGUUUUAACUAGAUCUAAAAGUAUUGUUUUAACUAGAUCUAAAAGUAUUGUUUUAACUUGAUCUGAAAAUAUUGUUUUAACUUGAUCUAGCUUGAUCUGAAAGUAUUGUUUUAACUUGAUCUGGAAGUAUUGUUUUAACACGCACACCGACAUUCAUUUUUUGUAGAAUAAAUGAAUUAAUAUGAUUGCAAAUUAAUUUUUUUCAGUUAUCAUACAAUUUCAGAUAAUUGUUUACAUUUUCAAUGUUUCAAAAGGAAAUUUAACCCUGUUAUAUCGUAUGAUUAUUUUAAAAUUAAUUUGCUCAUACGCAUUACACAUGGCAUUUAUAUCGUUUUGUUGACGUCAUAUUCUUAUUAAUCAUACCUCAAAUAUCGUCCAUUUUUAUCUAUAUUUAUUAAUCAGAACUUUGACAAUAUUCCGUUUUUUUUUUUGUCCGGAAACAAAUUAUUAUUGUUGUCAUAAAUAGUAAAACAGAUAUCAUCGUGUAAACCACGUGAUCGAAACGGUUGUAAAUUGUUAUGGGUAUAAUCAUUAACUCAGUCAGAGUAGAAAAUGAACAAUUGCUGGCAUUUUUUUAAUUUAAGUUUUCCAGUGUAAACUUUCACUAAUUAGAAACUGAAAACAUUUUUGUUUACAUCCUUUUUUAAUUUAUCUUUCGCUAUUUUCACUUUCGAUUAAUUUAAAGGAUUACAAAAACCGGUAUUAAUUAUGCUUAUAAAUAUCAGAUAAAAAAAGAACCUUGCAAAAAUAAUUGUUAGAGGUCAGUUGUUAAUAGUUGUAGAUAUUGUUCAAUAUAGUAUAUACAUUUACAUAAUAAAAUUGUUAAUAUUAAUAAUAUGUAUACAUUUAUUUAAUUACAUUUAGAAUAUAGCUGCCGAUUUUGAAAUUAAUCAGACGUCAACUUUGACUCCUUAUCAUGCUUAAUAUCUUAAAAUGGACUUGUCCAUCUUUAAUCUGGACAAAAACCAUUCACUUGUAGGGAAAACCUUAAAACAUGAAUUGUAACGAACAGUUCAGGUGACACGGCUGUUCCGGCUGAACUCGGUCUGCGCUGAUCACGUGGGUUGAAUCUAAUGUUGUUACUUUUUCAAUGUAUGGUUCAAAGCAUAAUAUAGCUAUUAAGAGUGUGUAUUCUAUGAGUUCUAUUUUUAGCAUAUUAUUUUUCUGUGUUAAUUAGGAGUGUUCAAUCAUACUAUUUUGAAUAUGUCAUAAUAAUUUAUUCACAUAUUCAUUUUAGUCUCUAUAUAUAUUUGAAGUUAUAGGAAUACAUUUGAUAAGUCUUGCCAUAUUGUUUUGUUUAUAAUACUCUAGAAAAUAUCUGUAUAUUUGCAGUUCUUAAAAUAGACCGAUAUACAAAAAGUUAGACAAUUCUGUGUUGUCAUAAUAUAAGGUUAUAAUGUCCGAACAUGUGAUGUCCGAACAUGUGAUCAGAACUUGUCUUAUAAUUUAUAAAAGAUCUGCGUAAAUCCUGCUUCAUUUUAAUACCAAAAAAAAUUAUUUAAACAAAUAUCGCUUUUUAUAUCGUUCUUUAUAAAUUUUAGCUUUAAAGAAAAAACACACAUGAUGAAAUGAAAUUACACCAAAAACAUGGGUGCUAGGUCAUGAAAAUGUGACGUAAUAUACAUGUUUAAAACGUCAUCUUGUUAGAUGAGUGUGUGUUUUCGUGUCAAAUUCAUACUUUGUCAUUACAAUAAGCCAUUAUUUACAUACAUACAUUCAUACAUUCCAUUUGUAGAAAAUAUAUUAUAAAAUAAAAUUAUUUUAUUUUUGUAUAAUUUUAUAUACGAAUAAAUAUUAUAUUAAAACAUAA